UUGGUUCGUUUUGUUUCGUUUUUAUCAUUAUUUAUAAUUUAUCAUUAUAUUUAUCCAAUAUUAAAGAUUUCUAAUCAGAAAGUUUUUUAAGUGCCUAAUAAACAUUGGAUUUUAGUGUUAAAUUGCGUUUGGCAUGAUUCCCUCAAGUCCAAAAACUGCCUUGAUGCCCGUUCGCAGAUGUGAUUUAAACUUAUCAGAUGAAGAUGAAGAGGAAGAUGAUUCCGGCGAUGCAGCAGAUUCGAAAAAAGUUAUAGAGCAAUUAAAAUCAAAAUACACACAAGGAUAUUUUGUUAAUAAAAGUGGUAGAUUUACACCUAAAGUUGAAAAUCGUGUAUCAAAAUUUGAUAUAAGUGAAAUUGAUAGAAAAAUCACUGAUAGCUGUACAAAAGAAUUCAUUGAGAGUUCUAUAAAUAGAACUAAUGAAUUUAGUACACCAAGUGUUAAGAGUAGUAUUAUCAAGACUAAUGGUAAAAACGAUGUAAAUAAAGAAAAUGAAGUUUUGAGUGCUUCAUAUCUUAAAAAAAAUAGAUUAGACGAAGGCGUGAAAGAUGUUAAAAAGCUAUUAUUUUCUCCCCCACAAGUAGUUUAUUCAAGUAAAAAAAUAAUUCCACGAAAUGAAAAACGCUUUAAAUCUAUUAAAGAAAAUGAUGGGUUUAUACAGUCUUUGCUAUUCAAGGAUGCAGCACAUAAUAAAAGUAGUAGUGAUAAUGGAGUAACCGGAAUAUAUCAAUUGAACAAUGAAGAUCCUAUAUCAUCAAAAUGUAAUCUCAAACCAAUAUUAGAAAAAGAAGUUGAAAAAGUUUGUGAAGAGUUUAAUAAUAUAAAUUUUAAAAUUCCUGAAGUUGUAAGCAAUAAUACUGAUAAGUCCUUAUGCACAAAUAUCAAUUGUAAUGUUGAAAAUGUAAAUGGUGAGCUUAGUAAAAUUACAUUUGAUAAUAUUACUUACACUAUUGGUAAAAAAUUGGGUAGUGGUGGUUCAUGUGUGGUCCAUUUAGCUACCCAAGAAACAACUUUAAACAAAAUGGCUAUAAAAGUAGUAAAACUAAAUGGUGAUCAACAAUUAGUACAAGGGUUUCUCAAUGAAGUUAAACUAUUAUCUAGAUUACAAAACAGUGAUGUAGUAAUAAAGAUGUUUCAUUAUGCUCAUGUCACUAAAGAAAAUAUGUUAUAUGUAGUAAUGGAGUGUGGAGAGACAGAUUUUAGCACUAUUAUCAAAACAUCAACUGUUGCAAACAAGUAUCCUAUAUUUUCUAUUGUAUUGUUAGUCAAAUACUGGCUGCAAAUGCUGGAAGCUGUAAAUUUUAUACACAAAAAUGGUGUUAUACACUCCGAUUUAAAACCAGCAAAUUUUUUAAAAGUUGGAAAUCGCCUAAAAUUAAUAGAUUUUGGUAUUGCAUCUACUAUCGGAUCUGAUUGUACCAGUAUUAUUAAGCAUGUACAAACUGGUACUUUUAAUUACAUGAGUCCUGAAGCACUCCAUGAUUCAUCUUCUGUUGAUAUGCAGAAUUCUGGAAAAAUGCCCAAUAUUAAGAUUUCGUAUAAAUCUGAUGUAUGGUCAUUGGGAUGCAUACUGUAUCUUUUACUUUAUGGUAAAACACCAUUUGGCCACAUUACGAGGCCAAUGAUGAAAAUGGCAGCAAUAAUAGAUCCUGAUUGUAAAAUAGAUUUUAAAGAAUUAGACUUAUACCCUUCAAUUCUCGUAAAAACAGCAAAAAGAUGUCUUAUUCAUAAUCCAUAUGAUCGCCCCACAGUAGCUGAAUUAUUGGAACUUCCUAGAGAACCAUUUGAAUAUCCAAAAAAUGGUGAAUAAUCACAUUAAAUGAUAAUAAUGUAGAUAUACUUUAUUUUAAUUUUAAAUCAUAAAUAAUAUUGUUUUUAACAAUUAUACGAAG